GGGAGCGGCGAGAGGGAGGCAGCAAGGCGCGGCCACCAGCAGUGACACCAUGUGACGGGCACGGCUCAGUGACACGCCGCUUCGGUUAAAGAGCGGGCGCGCGGGAGGGGAGGAGACGGCACGCGGGACUGGGAGGGAUGGCCUGACUUUGCCUGUUAGACCAUCGUGAGCCAUGGUUGCGGAGGGGCGCCGCGCCCCCCAGUAGGAGAAUGACUGCGAUCCGAGCCCCUCAGCGCCCGUGCGUGUGGAUGUAAGUGCGAGGCCAGCGAGCAGAGUGUGGGUGGGGGUUGGUGGGGGGGGAGAUUCUGAUGCAAUCGGCCCCGAAAGGAGGAGGAGAGCCAGGCGGGCGCGGGCUGGGGCGGCCACACCACUCCGCCUGAAGGUCGCGGGAACCUCCGCCCAUCACCUUGCUCGGAAAUCCGCCGCGCCGAGCCUCCCCGCCCAGCCCGCGCUGACGGGGGGCCACGUUUUCUCGGCCACCGCAGCCAGACCUUGACACAAAGGACAUCAAACGGCCGGGGGUAAAAAUCCCAGAAGGGCGGACACCGUGACAUCGCCUUUUGCCACCUCGCCCCGUAUCUUCCGAGAUAUCUAUUGAGUGUCUACUGUGUGCCAGGCUCUAUAUCUAUGUGUAUAGAAAAACCCUGAAAAACCGUACAGCAGUAUAUAUACAGUGAUCAUCUCUACUUGCUGAGAUAACAGUCUGUAGAGAGAAAAAGAGUCCUUAACCCAGAUUGGGAACACCAUCCACUGAAUUAACUUUCUAUCAGACCCGUAAUGUCCCAUCAGUAACCUCUGAAACAAUCAUACAAGAGGAAGUCAGUGUCGCAAGACUGCUGGAAAUUACCCAGUCUCACCUAUUUGAACAACUUUCAUCAAAGGGGACCAAGAGGGGUGUCAAGCUUCUAUUUUUGCUGCUACCUACUUCCAAAUAUACUCAAAACAAGAGAAAUUUGGACCGAUUUUUUUAACUGCAGAUACUUUAUAAUCAUGAUGCAUUUUAAAAGUGGACUUGAAUUAACGGAGUUGCAAAACAUGACAGUGCCUGAGGAUGAUAACAUUAGCAAUGACUCCAAUGAUUUCACCGAAGUAGAAAAUGGCCAAAUAAAUAGCUUUCGCACAUUUGUGGGAGGAAGCAAGUUUAUUUCUGAUCGUGAAAGUAGAAGAAGUCUCACAAACAGCCAUUUGGAAAAAAAGAAAUGUGAUGACUAUAUUCCAGGAACAACCUCCUUGGGUAUGUCUGUUUUUAACCUAAGCAACGCCAUUAUGGGCAGUGGGAUUUUGGGACUUGCUUUUGCCCUGGCAAACACUGGAAUCCUACUUUUUCUGAUACUUUUGACUUCAGUGACAUUGCUGUCUAUAUAUUCAAUAAACCUUCUGUUGAUCUGUUCAAAGGAAACAGGAUGCAUGGUGUAUGAAAAACUGGGAGAACAGGUCUUUGGUACCACAGGGAAGCUCGUAAUCUUUGGAGCCACCUCUCUACAGAACACUGGAGCAAUGCUGAGCUACCUCUUCAUAGUAAAAAAUGAACUACCCUCCGCCAUAAAGUUUCUCAUGGGAAAAGAUGAGGCAUUUUCAGCCUGGUAUGUGGAUGGCCGUGUUCUGGUGGUGAUAGUUACCUUUGGCAUAAUCCUCCCUCUGUGUCUUUUGAAGAACUUAGGGUAUCUUGGCUAUACCAGUGGAUUUUCCUUGAGCUGUAUGGUCUUUUUCCUAAUAGUGGUUAUCUACAAGAAAUUUCAAAUUUCCUGCACUGGUCCAGAAUUAAAUUCAACAAUAAGUGUGAAUUCAACAAAUCCUGACAUGUGUACACCAAAAUAUGUUACCUUCAAUUCAAAGACCGUGUAUGCUUUACCAACUAUUGCGUUUGCAUUUGUCUGCCAUCCGUCAGUCCUGCCAAUCUACAGUGAGCUUAAAGACCGAUCACAGAAAAAAAUGCAGAUGGUUUCAAACAUCUCCUUUUUUGCCAUGUUUGUUAUGUACUUCUUGACUGCCAUUUUUGGCUACUUGACAUUCUAUGAAAACGUGCAGUCAGACCUCCUUCACAAGUACCAGAGUAAAGAUGACAUUCUCAUCCUAACAGUGAGGCUGGCUGUCAUUGUCGCUGUCAUCCUCACAGUGCCGGUGUUAUUUUUCACAGUCCGUUCAUCUUUAUUUGAACUGGCUAAGAAAACAAAGUUUAAUCUAUGUCGUCAUGUCUUCGUGACCAUCAUACUCUUGGUUAUAAUCAAUUUGUUGGUGAUUUUCAUACCCUCCAUGAAGGAUAUUUUUGGAGUCGUAGGAGUUACAUCUGCUAAUAUGCUUAUUUUCAUUCUUCCUUCAUCUCUUUACUUAAAAAUCACAAACCAAGAUGAAGAUAAAGGAACUCAAAGAAUUUGGGCUGCCCUUUUCUUGGGUCUGGGGGUGUUGUUCUCCCUGGUCAGCAUUCCUUUGGUCAUCUAUGACUGGGCCUGCUCAUCGAGUAGUGACGAAGGCCACUGAGACCAGCCAAGAAAAGGAAACAUUCCUGUCGUCUGCUCAGUCAAGUUCCCCACACAUCAGCAACCUCUCAUCACUUCUUUUGCAAGUUUACAGAAGCAAACAGAAAUGUACAGGAUACUUAAAAUGGAAUCACACUUUGGUUACAAAACAGAGACCUGUUUCUAUAAUGGUUCAUGUCCCUCCAAGAUUUUGGAUCAAUUUAGGGAUUGUGGAAUUUUUUUUCAAAUUCAUGCAAUCAUAUUUCCCAGUACUUUUCACAAUCAAUUAUUUUUCACCCUCCUAACUCUCUAUGUUUUGUGGCUUCACGGUCUCUUAGAACUUUGAAAACAUGAUCAUCAAUCGUGUUUAUUUAUUAUACAUCCAGAUUCUGAAAUAAUUUUCCUACUGAUGUUCAGUUCACACUAUCUGUACCUUUUUAGAAGAGAAAAGAAUUCUUGAAUUGUAUAUAUUUAUUUUGCUUUACAGAAAAAAAAUGGUUUCGUAAAUAAUUUGCCUAUUUUGGUUAACAUAGCACACAGGGAUAAUCAUCUGAGAGUCAUAGGGCACGUGCCAUUGCUGGAUUGGAGCAUGCUCAAUAUUUGAGGCGGCUCCAAUCGCCUGGCAGCCGAGCGUGGGCAGUUCAGUGGCCUAUCUGGGAUUCCAUUCCACUCCCAUACAGAAGCAUUCUAUGGCAAGUGUUCUCAGCUGGGAAGGAGGUGGGAAUGAUUCUUACCUUGAUAAUUAAAUGGAGCUACACAUUUGGGUGUUCUAGCAAUUGAAAUUUGUUUCCCUCUUGGCAACAAGUGUCAAAGUUACUCUAGUCUGAGUCAGUUUUCACUGAGAGAGAUCAAUGGCACCUGCUGUAAAAAGAUUGUCCAAAAUGCCUAGGAAAAUACUCUUCUGAUGCAAAUAGCCUUCAGCCUGACACCUGUAGCAUUGAUGAGAGAAAAAUGUUUUAGCAAAUUAUGAGACCAGCAACUUUUACUCAUGUCCACCAGCUGAUUGCACAGAGAAUAUAACAUGUACCUAACUAAGGAUGACGUAGCAUAAGUCAUUUCUGUUUUAUAUUGGGUACUUUAGGGAAGUCUUCAAAAGACUUGUUUUAUAUCUAUAAAUCUAGGUUAUUACAAAUACAAGAUUUUUGUACCUUAAA